AUGGGACCUGCUGUGCCAAGGUCGACACUCUACAAAGAGGAUGCACCAAUGUACAAGGAUCUCCCAACAGAGGGCAAUGAUUUUCUCAUGUGCAUCGGUGAGCACACCACCGUUUGGGGUUCCUUCUACGACCCAGAGGCCAAGCGAUGGGGCUACAAAUGCAAGAUCAUGGAGAAGCAGGGCAAGUGCCCAGAAUCGCAGUCGGCACACUAUCGCAUUCUCUUGUGCAUGGCGGAAAAGCCACCAGAGCCUGAUCCCAAUUCUAGCGACUUGGACAACUCCCCGGACAGGCAUCGGUUUGUGGCGUCUAAGUCGGUUGCGGUCCGUGAUCGGGUCGUGGAUAUCGGAGCGGUGCAAGAGAUCAUUGACUGGGCCAAUCCACCGGCCGAGCUGCUUCCCCGGGACAAGUUCAAGGACCGGUCUGAAAAGACGGUGCGCACUGGCCGCGAGACGCGAAAAGGCAUGGAAGGCCGGGUGCAGCAGGAGAAGCGCUUCUUGGCCGAAGCAAUGGGAGUUUUAGCGCAGCUUGACGACAUCACGUCGAAUUCUCAAAGUCUGGACUACUUGGCGGCACGCGCCGGCUACAUGAAGCUCACCUUAGGCAACAAGACGUGGAACAACACUUUCGUGGCGCACGUUGCCGCGUGCACCAUGAAGGGUGCCAGAGAGUACCGAGACAACUUCAACACCUACGACAUGGAUCCGGACUCGCAGAAGCAGUACAUGCACGCCUUGCUGAAACUGGUGCAGCUUGCACAGAAGCGAGAGCUGAAUCGAAUGAUUAAGCGGCCGGGCUCGCAGCGCUACGGGAUCUUGAAAUUCUUCGAUCCGUCCUUACUGGUCGGUGUGAGCCUCUUUCAUGGAUCUGAGGGAGCAGACGGUGCGAUGGCUCAAUUGGACUAUCGGUUCACCUUUAUCGACGUGGUGGAGUGCCCGCUCAGACGGCUCAGACCACGAUACGACAGCCUCCCACCCCGCCUCGACACUUCUUCGGGACUCGAGGCAGACGCCUUGUGGGAGCGGGAGCAGGAUGCCGCAUACGUGAAAUCACUGGAGCUCCAGGUGAGAGCCUCCCCCCGACUUCGCGCCGCGCCGCCGCGACCAAGCCGCGGGGGACUGGGCCACCCGGAGGUGUGCCGCCGCCCCUGUGUCCUGAUGCAGAUGGGCCACUGCCCCAAAGGUGAAGAUUGCGAGUACUGCCACCACCCACACGAGACGAGGCCGCCGAAGCUGGACCGGCAUCUCCGAUGCCAGUUCCUGGACCUUCACCGAUCAGAGCAGCUUUGCAUCCUGGUCCGGCAUCUGCGACAACGUGCCGUGGAUCGCCAAUUUCUUCCUGAGGCAGAUGCCGUGCUCCAGGCCUUCGAGGAAGAGGCCAGGCGCCAAGGCUGCGCUAUGGAAAGCGGCAAGGCUCGCCACAGGAAACUGGAUCGCCACUUGGCGAAGCUGAAAUUCGGCGCACUGGCAAGCCUUGCGACGUACCAGGACACCACUAGCAGCUUCUACUGGGCGGUGCAGGCAGGUCUCGACAAGCUCCGCAAGGACCUCGACUCAAAGUAUUGCCGUCAGACCUGA